AUGGCACCCAAGAAAGCAGCGGAAGCUGGGAAGAGGAAGAAGGAGAUGAUUCUGCUUGAGGACAAGAAAGAAAUCAUCAGGAAGCAUGAAGGAGGAAUGCGAUUGACUGACCUUGCCAAAGAGUAUGGAAGGAGUGCAUCCACAAUCAGUACAAUCCUAAAAAUGAAAGAGAAGAUAACUGGGAGAAAUGCAGCCAAGAGAGUCACCAGGGUCUCCAAGCAACGGCCACCUGUUCUGGAGGAGGUCGAGAAGCUGCCCCUGCUCUGGAUUGAACAGAAGCAGCGCGCAGGGAACUCAGUGACCAAGGCGAUCAUCUGCGAAAAAGCCAAGGCGUUGCACGCUGACCUCCUCAAACAACAGCCAGGAAUGUCAGCAAAUGCAGAAAGCUUCAAGGCCAGCAGGGGGUGGUUAGAAAGGUUCAAGAGCAGAUCUGGCAUCCACAGUGUGGUCAGGCAUAGAGAGGCUGCAAGUUCCGAUGUUGCUGCAGCUGAGGAAUUUGCUACGGAGUUCCUGGAGGUCAUAGUUUCAGAGGGCUACCUUCCUCAGCAGGUCUUCAACUGCGACGAGACUGGACUCUUCUGGAAGAGGAUGCCAAAGCGUAACUUCAUCACAGAAGAGGAGACCUCAUUGUCUGGCCACAAGCCGAUGAAGGACCGUCUCACCCCCUGUUCUGCGCCAACGCCAGUGGGGACCUUAAGAUCAAGUCCCUGCUUGUCUACCAUUCAGAGAACCCACGGGCCUUCAAGAAACACAAGGUGA